GACUUCACAACUCGUUGAAAGUUUGAAGUAAUAGAGUUUAGGAAGACGCGAUACUGCCGUACUGAAAUUACUUUCUUAAAGGAAUGACGAUAUCGUAUUGUGAAAAAUGCAAGAGGCUAACGAUACCUCGUAGAAGAAAAAUAAGUAAUCCAUGCCGCGAUUGUUGGAUGUCGAACAAAUAAAUUCCACAGUAAAAUGACUCAGAGAUCAAGGUGCACAUUUCGUUACUGAGUGAAAUAUAGAAAGCGUUGUUUAUUCAUUAAUAGAGAAUUGUUUAUCUAACAUUUCGCCGUUAACAUGGAAGCAGAAUUGUCAGAUUUCGAUUAUAAAAUGCGGGCAAUCGAGCGUGCCCGCAAAAUACCAAGCGUGAAUUAUUUAUGGGAUAAAUCUACGAAGGUAUACGAUCGUAUGAAAGGAACGAAUAUGUUUACUCAUUGGGCAUUCGACGCGAUGGAAAAUGUCGUCAGCACUGUAUUUGGAAAGUCAUUACUAGUAGCUAAAUUAAUGGAGAAACCAAUCUAUACUCUUGACAAAACGCUUUGUCAAGGACUUGAUUAUGUAGAAGUAAAUCUACCUAUAAUCAAAGAAGAACCAAAUCAAAUAUUAAAUCGUACUAAGUCCAUUGUUUUCAAACAUCUUAAACCAGCUGUUAAAACGUUUACUGAUUUAAAGCAAGAAACCAAACAUAAAGUCAGAGUCAUGACUUUACUUACUUAUUACAAGGUGCAUUACUUUAGGGUAUACAGUUGGCAACAAGCAAACAAAGUCAUGUCAACUGAAACGGGAAUUAGUAUUUUAAAGACUGUCGACACUAGUACUGAUCAUGCUGAGCUAAUGCUGGAUAAAUAUUUACCAGCAACGUAUGAGGAAUUACAUACUACCGAAACAGAAAAAUUAUGCUCCGAGCACGUGAAACUUCAUCAUACGGUGGUUAGACUGAGUGAAUUUAGCUCUCGUGCUUCUCGACGCAUUUACCUUGCAUUAAUGGAUAGAUGGCAACAUGUGUAUAAAAUAGAAAUACUUAUUUUGAUUUUACGUACAAUUAUUGUUCUUCAGACAAUUAAAUUUUUAGAGUCAAUAUUGUCUUUUAUUUUGAAAUUGUUCAAUAUAUAUCUUAUCUUUCACUAGAUUGGUCUGUUUAGUUAGUAUGCAUAACAAAAUCGUGAAUUCAAUCAGCAUUGAAGAUUCACAAUUUCCAAGUACCAGUUAUACAUUAAAAAUGUAGAAUAAAAUCAAUUUAGAAUUUUAAUUUAAAUAUUUCUAUGUAAUUAUUACUAUGUAAUCGGUAUAAAACGAAGUAAUAUAAUUAUGUACUCGAAAAAUGAAUAUGAACACAUAUACUGUUUACAUAUCUUAUAAGUGUCAAAUUUCUCUGUGCAUUUUUAAAUUUGUAUACUGUAUUUAUACUGUUAAAUAUUAUCUACAUUAAAAAUUUUUAAUCAAACUGUA